CCAUUGUCGAUCCAAAACAGCUCAGACUGAGCACCUUGUUUGGCCCUUUCUACAGAGUCAUGGUCCACAGUCUAUAAUUCAACUCAGAUUGACAAGCGCUCUGUGGGCAAGCACCGUCCCUGAUGGUUGCAGCACUUCUGUUGCGCGCCUCUCACCCGGCGGCGCGGCCAAUUGCUCUACAACAGGGGCAAGCAUUGACCAGUCGCUUGGGAAACCCUGUGAUGCAAUGCACCCGGAAGUCAUCAUUUCCUCGGCUCCAGAGAUUCUCAAGCUCCGCCUUCCGAGGACAAGAGGAUACGCUUGACCGAACGAGAAAUAUCGGUAUCAUUGCCCACAUCGAUGCGGGCAAGACUACGACCACAGAGCGCAUGCUCUACUACAGUGGCUUCACCCGAAGAAUUGGAGACGUGGAUGAGGGCUCCACGGUGACCGACUUUCUGCCCGCUGAGCGGGCACGUGGAAUCACCAUUCAGUCUGCGGCUAUCACUUUCCACUGGCCACCCCAAACAGCAGCCGGGGAGGCGAACCAGUCGGACCUGCAAGCCCCUCGCUCUGCUCAUUCCCACAUUGUAAAUCUGAUUGACACGCCAGGGCAUGCCGACUUCACAUUCGAAGUUCUGCGCUCCCUGCGCAUCUUGGACGGCGCAGUGUGUAUCCUCGAUGGUGUGGCCGGUGUUGAGGCUCAAACGGAGAAGGUCUGGCACCAAGCCAGCACCUACCGCAUUCCCAGAAUUGUCUACAUCAACAAGCUAGAUCGAGAUGGCGCAGCGUUCGGCCGGACGGUCCGGGAGGUCGCAUCCCGGCUGGCAGGGUGGCCGGCUGUCUGUCAGAUUCCGUGGUUUGAAGGCGGGGACGGUCGUUUUGUCGGUGUGGCUGAUGUGAUCAAUCUUCAAGGUCUCCGGUGGGAGGACGGAGAUGGCAAAUCAGUCAAGAUGCUCAACCUGCAGCAGCUGGAGGCCGAGGAGGGUCGGCUAGCUCAGGAGCUCAAACGGGCAAGGACUGCUCUCGUCGAGCUGCUCAGUGAGUACGAUGAGCUCAUGGUCGAGCAAUUCUUCGAGCACGAUGAAGAUCACCUUGCUGUGCCUGCCAACGAGAUCCUGCAAAGCUUGCGUCGAUGCCUUCUCCAGGAGCAGGGCAGGAAGAUCAUCCCCGUGUUCGCCGGCGCCAGUUUCCGCAAUGUCGGUGUCCAACCUCUCCUCGACGCCGUCGUGAAUCUCCUGCCCAGUCCGGUCGAGACCCCGGAUCCCGAAAAGAAGUCGGUCGUGCAGACCGAAUCCCAGAACGCCAUCGAGAAGCUCCAAGGCUGUGCCUUAGCCUUCAAAGUGGUCAACGACGCCAAGCGCGGAGUGCUGGUCUACGUGCGUGUCUACGCGGGACGACUCGAUCGCAGCUGCGCGCUGUACAACACCAACCUGAAGGUAACCGAGCGGGCUCCCCGCCUGCUGAAGAUGUACGCCAACGACGCCGUGGAGGUCGACUCCAUCCCUGAGGGCCACAUCGGCGUGGUCGUGGGACUCAAACACGCCCGGACGGGCGACACGCUGGUCACCUACGCCACCAACCGACAGACACCCCCGGAACCGCUCGACACUCUUCAACUCCGACCCAUCAAGGUCCCUCCGCCCGUGUUCUUCGCCAGCGUCGAGCCCCACAGCCUCAGCGAGGAGAAGCGCAUCCACGAGGCCCUCGCCAUGCUCCUCCGCGAGGACCCGAGCCUGCACGUCACGGUCGACGAAGACAGCGGCCAGACGCUCCUCAGCGGGAUGGGUGAGCUGCACCUCGAGAUCGCGCGGGACCGGCUGAUCAACGAGCUCAAAGCCAAGGCCACCGUGGGCCGCAUCGAGAUCGGCUACCGGGAGUGUCCCACCGGCGACUCCGAGCCCGUCACCAAGAUCUUCGACAAGGAAGUCGCCGGCCGCAAGGGCAAAGCCGGAUGCACCGCAUCAGUCUCCGCGUUCGACCCGGACCUGGACGGCCUGCCCACCACCGACGCGGACACCCUCUUACUCGAAACCCAAGACGGCAACCAGAUCAUCAUCCAGGCCCCCGGCCUCCAGAUCACGCGCAACCGGAAGGGCAUCGAGGAGAGCGCGAUCCUGCCCGUCGGGCUCGACGUGGCCACGCUGCGCACCUCGCUGCUGAACGGCUGCAUCGCCGCCCUAGCCCGGGGCCCGCAGUUCUCGUUCCCCAUGCACAACACCCGCGUGCACCUCACGCUGGACGCGGCCUCGCACCUCUUCGGCACCGAGAGCACCCCGUCGGCCGUCGCCUCGGCCGCGCGCCUAGCCACCACCACCGCCCUCCGCUCCCUCCUCACCAAUCCCGGGACGGGCACCUCCCUCAUGGAACCGGUGAUGAACGUGAUCAUCAGCAUCGACGAAGCCAGCCUCGGCGCCGUCGUGCACGACAUCUCCUCCGCGCGGGGCGGCCACAUCAUCUCCCUGGACGAGGACAUCCCGCUCCCAUCCACGGACGCCGCAUCCUCUACCCUGUCAACAACAACAUCGGCAACAAACAUAAUCCCCUACGAAGACCUCCCGCCCAUCGACCCCAGCAAAGUCUACGCCCCGCCCGACCCCUUCGAAACCCCGACCAUCGCUCACCUCGGCACAAGCUCCAGCUCCUCUUCAGCCGCCGCUGCCCUACCGGAUACCGCUCACCGGCCCCGCACCAUCACCGCCAAGGUGCCCCUCAAGGAGAUGGUGGGCUACCUCAAGCACCUCCGCAGUCUGAGUGCCGGCCGCGGCACGUUCGUCAUGAGCGUCGAUCGGUUCGAGAAGAUGAGUGGCCCGCGUCAGAAGGCGGUGGUGUCCGAGUUGAGGGGUGGGUAUUAG